AUGGCGGAAUACCUUCUUGACGUGACGCCGCACAUGGCAUACGUCGAUCGCCAGGAACUAUUGCGCUCACUUUUGCCUGAGGCGGAUUUUGUGGCACGGCGGCAGAAGCAACUUGACAAGAGCACCACCGUCUACGUGGGCAACUUGUCGUUUUACACCACGGAGGAGCAGGUUUGGGAGCACUUUGCUUCCUGCGGCCACGUGCGGGAUGUCGUCAUGGGCCUGAAUGAGGUGACACGGACACCGUGCGGCUUUUGUUUUGUAGUGUUUGAGCAGCAGUGUGCUGCGAUGUGUGCCGUGAAUGACAUGCAUGGGUCGCUCCUCGACGACCGUUGCAUCUCAGUCUCCUGGGACGUUGGCUGUGACGCCUCGCGGAGGUGGGGACGAGGCGCGCAUGGCGGACAGGUUGUGGACGUGCUGCGGCAGAACCUGGACAGCGGGCGGGGCGGAUUGGGGGCACUGCGCUGCGGCGAGCUGCGUAUUAGCGCUGCUGUGGCAGAGGAGCAGCUGGUGCACUACAAGUGGGUGCCGCCCAAACGCGUACCUAAACGUGAUCGUACCGCAUGA